CCUACACGUACAGGCGACCGAGUGUUGGCUGCAGAGAUCAUGGUGACCUAACAGCAGCGGACAGAAGCCCCUCCCUUCCCAGGAAUGUCUCAGCCCCACAGAGGGCGCUGGGCCACGUCAGCCAAUUGGCUCAGGCCCUGCCCUGGAAACAGCACCUGUUAAUCCCCCCUCCUUCCAGCUCACCUGGGCGCAGGUGAAGCGUCUCCCCGGAAACAGAUCUAGAUCGCCCCACCUGCUGGGUCCUGCCUGCUCGAAUUGGAUUCAGCACAGCCAGGCUUCCCAUAAAGCCUCUAAGAGGUGAGCUAGGGCUUCCCUGCCCCAUUCAAGCCCCUCCUGGACUCGCAGCUGACACCUACAGGAUGGGUCUCUCCUGCUGCCGGAAACCGAGUUCCUUGCUGGCAGUGCUCGCUUUAUUUUUACCUGGUUUUGUCCCAUCAUCCACUGUGGCCUCACCAGCUUCCUCCGACAGCCUGGAUGGAACAGGCAACCGACACAGCCUGAGCAAGAGAGGUGAGAGUAACCAUAGCGUGGACUGAGGAGACUGGACCUCUAGCAGCCAACCAGGUGAUGGGGACUCAGUGUCACGACAAACACCCUCUGAACCCUGACACUGAUCCUCUAUCCUGACCCUGCCUGACCAAGCCAUGUCCCAACAAGCCUCAGUGGGCAGAGGGCUGCCCCCAGAUGUGCUGGCAGAGCAGGUGGAGCUAUGGUGGUCCCAGCAGCCCCGGCGCUCCUUGCUCUGUUUCUCUGUGGCCGUGGUCCUUGUGGCUGGCUGUGGGGCCGGAGGCGUGGCGCUGCUGUCCUCCACCAGCAGCCGAUCUGGCGAAUGGCGACUAGCAGUGGGCACUGUGCUCUGCCUGCUGGCCCUGAUGGUUCUGGUGAAGCAACUGAUGAGCUCCGCUGUGCAGGAUAUGAACUGCAUACGCCAGCCCCAGCACGUGGCCUUGCUGCGCAGCGGUGGAGGAGCCGACGCUGUUGUAGUGUUGCUCAGUGGCUUUGUGCUGCUGGUCACCGGCCUGACCCUGGCUGGGCUGGCUGCUGCCCCAGCUCCAGCACGGCCACUGGCUGCCAUGCUGUCUGUGGGCAUUACCUUGGCUUCUUUGGGCUCAGUUUUGCUGCUGGGAUUGCUACUGUAUCAGGUGGGUGUGAGUGGACACUGCCCCCUGAUCUGUACAGAGGCAUUCGCCACCAGAAAUGGCCACAGUGAGAACGGCAGCAUCUUUAGCAUCUCAGGACAGUUGUCUUCUGGCCAGCGGCAUGAGACCACCUCCAGCAUUGCCAGCCUCAUCUGAUAGAGAUAGAGCCCUUCUUCCCAUGUCCUGCCUCAGUAUCCCCAGAACUUGUAGCGUACAUGCAUAGGUGCACACAUCUAUGUGUGUCCCCCUGCCAUGGCAUUGCAUGAUAUGUGAUUAGGAGCUCGUGAGAAGGUGAGUGAAACCUCUUUGGAGCUGUUUGUAUCCAUGGACUGUCAUGCUCUAUGCCUGGUUUGGGGGUCUCUAGGUGUUACUCAUCUGGAGUCUCUGAAGACUUGACCCAUGUUUCCAAGACCCAACAACUCCAGCCUUGCCCCCUAUGACAUCAUCAAGGCUCUCCACAGAGGUGACUCUUGCCUGUCCACGACUACACACCAGUGAUCACUCUUCAGAGAGUGACUCUUGGUAAAGCUGAGGGAAAUGGCUUCCGGAUGAGAUGGAACUGGACGGGGAAACACCUUUGCGCUUAUAACCUAGCAACCAGGGCCAGUGAGAGGUGACUCAGCUGCUUCUGCCUCAGUUUCUUAGAACAGUGUUGCUAUUGAUUCUUAGGAUUAAAUGCCUCUUGGGUGAGAUGACUGGACUCCUGGCAAAUGUUCAAAAGGUGACUGUAGUGAAAAGGAAAUAAAUUAUGGGGAAAAGGUGGCUGU